AUGGCACCUUCGUUAGCUGGGCUCCUUCGAGCCAUCAAUCACGACUACGCUAUCUGGAUCACCGUGGGCCUCUUGAUUCUGCUUGGGCUGUACAAGUGGUCCACUGCCACCGACAUCCCGAAAAUCAAAGGCAUCCCAGAGAUUCCUGGUGCUCUACCAAUACUCGGACAUCUCCAACAACUUGGGCCCGAUCAUGCAACGGUUUGCGAAGGAUGGUGGCGCAAGUAUCGACAAUCCGUGUUUCAAAUCCGCCUGGGUAACACCAGGGCUGUCGUGGUAAACUCUUUUGAAGACGCGCGGCGGAUGCUUGUUGGCCAUCAAAAUGCUGUGAUCGACCGACCAACCUUGUACACGUUCCACGGCGUGAUUUCCACCACUCAAGGAUUUACCAUCGGGUCUAGCCCAUGGGACGCAUCCUGCAAGAACAAAAGAAAGGCUGCCGGUCAGGCUCUUGGCCGGCCUGCGAUGCGUGGGUACUUUGAUAUGUUCGACUUAGAGUCCUACUGUAUUGUCCGUGACAUCUUCCGCGACAGCAAAAACGGCAAGCUCGAGAUCGGUGUGCGACCAUACAUUCAACGAUAUGCCCUCAAUACUACCUUGACUCUCUGCUAUGGUAUCCGGAUGGACAACGUCUACGACGACAUGUUGAGGGAGAUCUUGCACGUCGGAUCAGCAAUCUCACUCCUGCGGUCGGCUUCAGAAAACUAUCAAGACUACGUUCCAAUCAUGCGCUACUUUCCCAACAACGAAAAGAUCCGUCGGUCAAAGGAGCUGCGUGAUCGCCGUGAUCGCUACCUGAACUUUCUCCUCAACAAGGUCCGAGACAUGAUCAAGAAAGGCACCGAUAAGCCUUGCAUCAGCGCGGCAAUCUUGAAGGACGAAGAGACUAAGCUUACAGGUGUUGAAGUCUCGUCAAUCUGCCUCUCCCUUGUCUCGGGAGGUUUCGAGACUAUCCCGGGCACCUUGACUUCAUGUAUCGGUUCUCUUUCCACCAAGGAAGGACAAGUCUUUCAAGACCGUGCGUAUGAGGACAUCAUGCGAUACUAUCCAGACCCUGCAACUGUAUGGUCAAACAGCUUUCAAGAGGAGAAAGUGCCAUAUAUCAAUGCCAUCAUCAAAGAAGCUGCUCGGUAUUACACUGUCAGCGCCAUGUCACUGCCUCGCAAGACAGUGACCGAGGUUGACUGGAAUGGAGCCAAGAUCCCACCCAAGACCAUGAUCCUCAUCAAUGCUCAAGCCGCCAACCAUGACGUCGAUCACUUUGGUCCGGAUGCUGCGGCAUUUAACCCAGAGAGAUGGCUGAACGACGAGUAUGUGGCGCGGCCAUCGGCGACAGUGCCCGAAGAAAAACCCAGUCAGGGCAUUCAGCAUUUCUCAUUCGGCGCAGGAUCCAGAGCUUGCUCAGGUCAAUUCAUAGCAAGCCGACUCUUGUACACAGCGCUUAUAAGGCUGCUAGUGUGCUAUAAGAUCAUAGCCAGUGAGACAGAGCCUCCCAACACGGAUUAUGUCGACUACAACCAGUUCAAGUCGGCAUUGGUGGCUAUUCCCCGAGAUUUCAAGGUCAAGCUUGUUCCCAGAUAUGAUGAGAGCGUGAUCCAAGAGGUUAUGGCUGCGGCGGCCGAGCGGACAAAGGAUUACUACAGUGAAGAAAGCUAA